AUGGGUUGCAGUGUAGGGACAUAUGGUGAAUCAUGUUCACUUUGUCAGGGUUGUUCAACAUGUGACAUCAUUAAUGGGACGUGUCCUUGUGAUACCUGUGUAAAUGCUGCAUGCAAUCCAUCUAAUGGAUACUGCACAAAAGGCUGUAUGACCGGGUACUGGGGGAACACGUGCAAGUCACAGUGUAGCCAACAAUGCGUAGGAAACACGUGUGAACAAGGGAACGGAACAUGUACCACGGGCUGUGCUGACUUUUAUUAUGGAUACACAUGUGAACACCAGUGUGGCCCUCGGUGUAGUCCCCGGACCUGUGACAGGGUCACUGGAGCGUGUAGUGGCUGUAACGCUGGGUAUCAUGGUCUAUUCUGUAACAGAACAUGCGGUCCUUACUGUAAGUCAGGAACAUGUGAUGCACACAACGGACACUGCAUUGGGGGCUGUAAUACAAACUGGACAGGGGAUAUCUGUGACAGAUGUGACGCAUUACACUUCGGACCUAAUUGUUCUGAAGAGUGCGGUGUACACUGUAGGGGACGGGUGUGUGAUGGCGUCACUGGCUCCUGUACUGAUGGAUGUGAAACUGGAUACUACAAAGACACGUGUAAUGUAACAUGUAACACAGACUGUAAAAACGGGUGUAACAGGAACUCUGGGAAUUGUGAUGAUGGCUGUAUCGAUGGAAAGUUUGGUAUGACGUGUUACAAUAUUUGUGGUCCUGGUUGUAUACCUAAGGGAUGUGAACAAAUCACAGGAAGUUGUAGUUGUAAAAGGGGAUGGCAAGGAAAAAGGUGUAUGGAAUGCAGUCCAACGUUCUACGGCGUGUCCUGUGAGGAGGAGUGUAGUCCUCAUUGCUAUAACGGGACGUGUUACGUAAACAAUGGAUCCUGUAUCGACGGAUGUGCUAGUGACUAUACGGGCGAUAAAUGUGCACAACGUCUGUAUGAGACUUCACCAGAAGACCACGAAACUGCCAUUGGCACCGGAGUAGGAGCAAGCGCCUUUGUUGCAAUUGUAGUCGUUGCCGGAGUCAUUAUCUUUAGACUUAGAAGAAAGAGAGACGGUAUUCCCGAAGCACAAAAAGAUCCAAGCAAAGAAAGCAGAAUUACAACUGAAUUAAAGAAUGAAGAUCGUCAAAACCAUUCACUUCCGGAUGCGCGAUUGUACGUAGGAGAAAGACCUACGAACAUGGAAACACAGGGAAUUGGAUUAUAUGAAACCCUAGACAGUGCGGAUGGAGAAAACAAAACAUACGAGAAUGAUUUGUCAGGGAGCUAUGUAAAUGCAAAAAGCGUUGCCUUAGUACCAAGAACCAACGCUGGUGGAUCAGACGAUAAAGGAAAUAUGUACAUGGGAAUCCAUGAAAGCCAACGAAACGAAUAUCCUUAUGAUGAACUUGAUGUGCAGGAUUGAUUUUAUUUUUUGCUACUGGUACUUUCUUUUUUUAUCAAUUUACCAACCCCCCCUGUGUCAGAUUUUCGUUUUGUUUUUAAAUUGUAACAUUUAUGUAAUUCAUCUGUAUAUAUCUCGACACAUGUACAAAUAAGCGUAGCAAAGAUCAUGUAGCAAUACCGACAAUGUUUGCGAAAGAAAGAAUUAUGGAAAGAAAAAGUCUCAACUGUUCCAUAAAGCACCAGCUUUCUCGUUAUAGCCGUUUUUGUGUUUCAUAAAAGAGUUUUAAGUAGGAUACUGCAAAACAAAUGCUCAAAGAUUUCACAGUACAGCUUGCUGUAUUUAUAUAGUAUUUCAACCAAAGGAUAAAGGUAUCGUAUAAGUAGAAAUUUUAGCGAGGAUUUCAUUUUGGCAAUAUUAGCGAUAGUGUUGAGAUCGCUAAAAUUGAAUAUCGCUAAUAUUUAUUCCAUAUCGGAGGUAAUAGCUAUCUUUCUUGGAAUUAUAAAGUUGUUAAAUUAGCUUUCGUUAAAUAUAUAUACCCAUAAUUCAUGGACAAUUCGCUAAAUCUGUGUCACGCUAAAAAUACCACUUAUACGUUUUUUUUAUAUACACAUAUGUAUUCAUUCUGAAUACCCACGAUAAAACAUUUUUUUGAUAAAACUGUUUUACCUUCUAAUGAAAGUUCAAACUCAUCUAAGAAUGAUUGAACAUAAUCACAUUUCCACACAAUAUAUGUUUUCGUUUUCUCCUCCUAUCUGUGACAGAAAGCACAUAUCUUAAGAGUUUACCUUUUUAAUUUUGAUUAGAAAUGAAUUAAUUGCUAUACUUUUGCAACUUAUUUAGCAAUUUGUAAGUUUGUGGGUUUUUGUUUUUGUUUUUGAAAGGUAGCUAUAUAUAGUUUGUAAAUGUCGUUCCAUUUUCUGUUAUCUAUAUAUAAAAGUUCAUUACAUCGUAUGACACCUGUUGUCACUGAAGAUUUUUUUGUUUAAAAUAUCGUAUAAGAAGUUUUGACUUUUUUUCACAUUCCAAUAUAUUGUAAAUGUUCUCUCUAAUAAAUGGAUUUGGUAAACUUUUAAAGUUACUGUAUGUACAAGUCUGUAUAGCAUCAAUGAGGAUCUGAUCUGAAGCACUUGUUUUAAUUAAGGUAGCUCACUACACUAAAGCUUAAACUUUGUAUGACACCACGUCACUAGAUGGCGAUUUAAAUGUUUUAUGAAAUUAUUUGUAUUGAUCAAUUUGUUUGUCUAUCAUCUUAGCUCAGUCUUUUGUUCAUAUGUGUUGAAAUAAUUUUUUU